GCGGGCGCCGGCCCCGUCGGGGGCCCGGAGGGGGGUUCGGAGCGGGCAAAGGGGCGGCUCCGGCGGGCGGACUCGGAGCGGGCCGCGGAGUGACCCGGCCAGCUGUGCGGCGCAGCAACAUCUGGUUUCCUCCAGCCGGACCCCAGCCCGGCCUCUGGAGCAGACAGAGCCUCCAGCAGAGUUGGGGGACAUCACGGUCCCCUUCGGCGCUACCCUCUAGGAUCCGAGAGGCGCUUUUCAGACUCCACCCUAAGUGCUUCCUGCUGCAGCAGACAAGUAGACCUCAGUCCCAGUCUCCUGUCCCCUGACACCAGUCCAGCCCGCCUCGUUGUGUAACCAUGAGAGCUGCCUACCUCUUCCUGCUGUUCCUGCCCGGCCUGCUGGCUCAGGGCCAGUACGACCUGGAUCCGCUGCCUCCGUUCCCAGACCACGUCCAGUACACCCACUAUAGCGACCAGAUCGACAACCCGGACUACUAUGAUUAUCAAGAGGUGACUCCUCGGCCCCCGGAGGAGCAGUUUCAGUUCCAGUCCCAGCAGCAAGUCCAACAGGAGGUCGUCCCAGCUCCCACCUUAGAACCAGGAACUGUAGAGACGGAGCCCACGGAGCCUGGGCCUCUAGACUGCCGCGAGGAGCAGUACCCGUGCACCCGCCUCUACUCCAUACACAAGCCUUGCAAACAGUGUCUCAACGAGGUCUGCUUCUACAGCCUCCGCCGUGUGUAUGUCAUCAACAAGGAAAUCUGUGUCCGCACGGUCUGUGCCCACGAGGAGCUCCUGCGAGCUGACCUGUGUCGUGACAAGUUCUCCAAAUGCGGCGUGAUGGCCAGCAGCGGCCUGUGCCAAUCUGUGGCGGCCUCCUGUGCCAGGAGCUGCGGGGGCUGCUAGGGUGUAACUGGUACCCCGAGCCCUGGACCCUCCUCGGAUCUGGGGCCCUCAGGCUCUGCCUGACCUGGUGCUUUUCUCCCCAGCCAGACGUUCCUUUUACCCGGUAAAAAGUUAGUGGCUGCGGCGCCGGGGGUUGCCUCAGGCCCUUCCCCCAGCCUGUGGCCACCCUUGGGGCACAAAGGGGGCUCCCCAGUGUCCAGUCUCUGCCCCCAGGUGGGGGCCAUCCCAGGCCUCUCUAUGGGACCUGGACCCCUGAUGUGCCUUCUCCAUCGGUCCGAGGACAGUCCCCCACUCCAGCCCCACCCCCAAGGUAGGCUAUGACCCUCACCCCAGCUGGUCUGCUUGGAUUUCCUACAGCCCCUGGGCAUAGACCACCUUGGUUUUAUACAGAAUUAAAAACAGGUUUUUACAAAAGAUUCAGAGUCACUUUUUCGGUCAAGGGCACAGAGGAGAUGGCCA